ACAAACGGAGUCGAGACUUCGGAAGUGAUGACUGCUGCUGCAGUGCUGCUUCGGCUGCGAGGCGGCGGCGGCGGUGGCGGCGGCGUCGACCAGCCCGUUACCGCGACGAGUGGGGACGAUGACGAUGUGGCUGGUAGGCGAGGUAGUGCAGGGUGUGCGUGUCGGUCGUUGGCGGCGCUCCCCCACCUAACGAUUUUACGGUCUCUACAGCCGCCGUCGUGCCGCGCUUUGCUACCGCCUGCCGCCGUCACCGUUGCUGACGUCAUGACCCAGCAAGGCACUCAAGGCGGCAACUCGGCAGUCGGCACACGGUUUAACAAUAACGUGCGGGAAUGGCGAAAUGACCUCCAGUGUCGCCAAUAGAGGAUGUACCCGUUUAUGACGGAAACGGAUUGACGUCGUCUACUCGUCCUUGGUAGGCAACUAUUAAAGUCAAGGGUUGCUGACCCCUAACGAAAUAGUCUGAGAACCUUGGACUGUCCGUCGAAAAUAACUCUCCAUUCAACCACCCACCUACUAAUCGACCCACUUUAACGCCGACCAACGGGGUCGUCGACGCAGUGGCCUUCGAUCUUGCUUAUUAGUCAACCGACGUGACCUAUUCACAGCGGGUCCUUGRUCGUGACUUGUA